UCCAGACACAUUCUUCGCCAGCUGAUUUCUUACAGUGCAGACGUGUACAUUAAUUUUAAUCAUUCCUGUACUUUAUUUCCCCCCACCGGAUUAUUUCAACUCGUGUUUAUCAAUCAGGAUUUUCACAGAAGAAAUGGCUACCGUUGAGGAACUAAAGCUGCGAAUCCGUGAGUUAGAAAAUGAACUAAUUAAAUCCAAACAGAAGCAAAGUGAUGCUGAACAUCAUCUCAGACCAAAGAUUGACAAAAUGAGUGCUGAAGUCGUAGACUCAAAUCCAUACAGUCGUCUGAUGGCACUCAAAAGGAUGGGCAUAGUUCAAGACUAUGAGAAAAUCCGCUCGUAUGCUGUAGCAGUGGUGGGAGUUGGAGGAGUGGGGAGUGUCACUGCAGAAAUGCUCACCAGAUGUGGCAUUGGUAAGUUGCUGCUGUUUGACUAUGAUAAGGUGGAGCUGGCCAACAUGAACCGCCUCUUCUUCCAGCCACAUCAGGCAGGGCUCAGUAAAGUUGAGGCUGCAGAACACACUCUUAGGAACAUUAAUCCAGAUGUUGCUUUUGAGACCCACAAUUACAACAUCACCACAAUGGACAACUUCACGCAUUUCAUGGACCGCAUUAGUCAUGGAGGCAUUGAGGAGGGGAAGCCUGUAGAUUUGGUCCUCAGCUGUGUUGAUAACUUUGAAGCUCGGAUGGCCAUUAAUACAGCAUGUAAUGAGUUGGGUCAGAUCUGGAUGGAGUCAGGUGUCAGUGAGAAUGCCGUUUCUGGACACAUCCAGCUCAUCAUCCCUGGAGAAACUGCCUGUUUUGCUUGUGCACCUCCCCUCGUAGUGGCUGCAAAUAUUGACGAGAAGACGCUGAAGAGGGACGGAGUGUGUGCUGCCAGCCUGCCCACCACAAUGGGAGUGGUCGCCGGACUCCUUGUGCAGAAUGUCUUGAAGUAUCUAUUGGGGUUCGGGACAGUGAGUUAUUACCUGGGUUACAAUGCCAUGCAGGAUUUCUUCCCGAGCAUGGCAAUGAAGGCCAACCCACAGUGUGACGACAGACACUGCAGACGACAACAGGAUGAGUACAAGAAAAAAGAAGCAGAACGGCCGAAGCAGGAAGUGGUACAGGAAGAAGAGGAAGUGGUGCAUGAGGACAAUGAAUGGGGCAUUGAGCUGGUGUCAGAGGUGUCAGAGGCAGAGCUACAGGAUGCAUCAGGACCAGUACCAGAUCUACCAGAGGGCAUUACUGUAGCCUACACCAUACCUGAGAAAGAUGGGUCAUCAGGGGAGACAGUGGAGGAAACAGACCAGAGUUUAGAAGAGCUGAUGGCUCAGAUGAAAAAGAUGUAAAGGGAACAAGCAAAAGGAAAAUGACAUCCUUGAACUCAGACAAAACUCUCCCACAGACACUAAAGACAAACUCAUUGUUUUGUACUUAAUAUAACAUCUAAGGUCUCAUCAUAAAUGAGUUUGGAUUUAGUUUUUUAUUCUGUUUUUGCAAGCAGGCUGUAACACAAGAUGUUUACAGGUUUACUUCAACUGAAAGUCUUAAUACUGAAUUGCCAUUACUCUUUUGUUUUCAUAGUGUUAAUGUUUCAGAGUUGGCAUGGGAUGGUUAACAGAACUAAUCUGAGCGACUGUUUUUAAAUAGCUGUUGUCAACAGCUAUGUGAGAGAAACAUUCACACGAUCAGAAUAUAUCAUUGUCAUGUCUAAUACUGUAUGUGCUUGCAGACACCCAGCCAGAUGUUAUAAAGAACAUCACAAAAAUAUUUUCAGACAUUUCAUUGUCAACCUGAUUCUGACUGCUGUAUUGAAUGGUAUAACAAUGUAAUAAUGCAAAUGAAAAAAAUAAAUUUAUUGUUGUUACAUUA